AUGACUUUGUUAUCUGAGCAGACAAUAAAGAGUCAAAGUGAUUAUCAAACUCGAUUGAAUGCUUCAAUAGAGUGUGCUUGUUUUUUGUUGCACCAAGAACUUUCAUUUCGUGGCCAUGAUGAAUGUGAAUGUUCAAGCAACCAAGGAAAUUAUUUAGAGCUCUUGCAUUUUCUUUCUAGAAAUAAUAAAGCUAUUAAAAAAGUUACUUUCAAUGAAGCUCCUAGACAUAACAAAUUGACUUCUCCAAAUAUUCAAAAAGACAUUACUCAAGCUGCUGCAGAGGAGAUUACAAAUGUGAUUAUCAAAGAUCUAGGUGACUCAUUAUUUUCAAUUUUAAUUAAUGAGUCACGUGACAUAUCAAUCAAGGAACAAAUAGUUGUUGUUCUACGAUAUGUAGACAACAAUGGACAUAUAAUUGAACGUUUUCUUGGCAUUCAACAUGUGCGAGAUACAACUGCUAGUUCACUCAAGGCAGCUAUUGAAGCUUUGUUUUCUAAACAUGGACUAAGCAUAUCAAGAAUGCAUGGUCAGGGAUAUGAUGGAGCUAGUAACAUGCGAGAUGAAUUCAAUGGCUUGAAAGCACUUAUUCUAAAUAGCAAUCCAAGUGUAUAUUAUGUACAUUGUUUUGCUCACAGACUUCAAUUGACUUUUGUGGCUGUUACAAAGAAGCAUAAUGAAGUUGGAGAUGUCUUCAAUUUUAUUUCUAGCAUUAUAAACAUAGUUGGAGCAUCAUGCAAAAGGAUGGAGGAACGAUUCAAAAUGAUGAGAGAGAAUGAUUGGGAAUCUUUACUAGAAAAGGUGUCAUCUUUUUACAUCAAACAUGAUAUUGAUAUUCUAAACAUGGAUGAUGAGUACAAGCUUCGUGGGCGUUCAAGGCGAAAAUCUCAAGGGAUUACAAACCUACACCAUUUUCGUUAUGAAUUGUUUAACAAUAUCAUUGACAUGCAACUUACUGAGUUGAAUGAUCGUUUUACUGAGAUGAUGGACCUUAUGGUACUUGGUGACCAACUUGAUACGUAUAUUAUUGAUCUACGUGGUGAUGAUGAGUUCUCUGGAAUUGAAGGUAUUGCUAGUCUUAUAGAGAAAAUGGUAAAAACAAAGAAGAAUUUGAUAUUUCCAUUAGUAUAUAUGCUUAUCAAAUUGUCAUUACUUCUACCAGUUGCAACUGCUACAGUGGAGAGAGUUUUUUCUGCUAUGCAUAUUAUCAAGAGUAGAUUGCGGAAUAGGAUGGGAGAUAAGUGGAUGAAUGAUAGUUUGGUUGUAUACAUUGAAAAAGAUAUCUUCGAUAAGAUUGAUAAUGAAGCUAUUAUGAAGCGGUUUCGAAAUAUAAAAACUCGAAGAGAACAAUUAUAA